UGUCUGUGUCUGUGUCUGUGUGCUGUCUUGCCUCGCUGGUCUGGUGUCUCGAAAGCCAAUCUGUUGGACCGCAAUGAACAUCCGGGCUACGCCGAAUCGGGCAUGGGCGGCUGGAGUUCGUUGGGUCGCCUGGUCGCCCACCGAAUUGGCGGCCGGCCAGCAGUGGCUGUUGAGGAAAGCGGAGAGAGCUUGGGAGCUCAAGGUUUGGUUUGGUCUUUUGGUUUGGGGCAUUCGGGCUUUUGGUUUGCUUUGCUGUGCUUUCCAUUGGGAGACGUGACGAAACGCAGGGGUGAGGGUGAGAGACGAGAAAUGGCCUCCCCGGCAGCCCAGAGCCAGAGCAAGGGCCGGCCUGUUGAAUUGGAAGGACCUGAAGCACAUAUGGCCAGCGAGCUGGAAGGAGGGAAACAGAUUAUUUCAUAAACCCACCUCCGCAUCUUCCUUCCGUGUGCAACCACAACUGCAACUACUACUACUACAUUCCAAGCACCCCCUCCUCCUCCUACUCCUCUUCCCCUUCUCCUCAAUCAAGAAAUCUUCAUUCUCUCCGCCGAGUGUUUUGCUUCCUCCCGUAACUUUCAAUUCUGCCUCUUGUCGUUGAUACCCCCACAGCCUCCUCUCGUCGAGGUAUCUAAUUCGGCGCCAAUCUCAGAUUCGGCGACUUUGAACAACCACCAGCUUCUCAGCCCCGAAUCCUAUUCUCGAGAGGGAUAGAUAUAACCGCAGGGCCAAGCCAGCAAUUCACUUUAUACAAUUCUGGGAUACUGUAUCUGCCCGCACUUCCACUGGCGACCUCACUCUCUCCGCUCGUCCUCCACGAGCAUUGAUUCCUGCGCAAUGGCGGCAGUCAAUGGCAAAGGGGCUGGUGUCAAGGCUACAAACGGCACCGUCCCCAUCAUGAACGGCUCAACUUCAUAUGCGGCCAAACACAAGCUGGCAGACCACUUCAUCGGUGGGAACAAGCUGGAAAACGCUGCUCCGGGUCCGGUCAAGGACUUUGUAGCAUCUCACGAUGGCCACACGGUCAUCACCAACGUCUUGAUUGCCAAUAAUGGUAUUGCUGCAGUCAAGGAGAUCCGAUCCGUACGAAAAUGGGCCUACGAGACUUUUGGCGACGAAAGAGCUAUUCAAUUCACGGUCAUGGCUACGCCAGAGGAUCUGCAAGCAAACGCAGAUUAUAUCCGGAUGGCAGACCAGUAUGUUGAGGUCCCUGGAGGAACGAAUAAUAAUAACUACGCAAAUGUAGAGUUGAUUGUAGAUGUUGCUGAGCGUAUGAACGUUCACGCAGUUUGGGCUGGAUGGGGCCAUGCUUCAGAAAAUCCAAAAUUGCCAGAAUCAUUGGCAGCUUCACCAAAAAAGAUCGUAUUUAUUGGCCCUCCUGGCUCGGCCAUGCGAUCUCUCGGUGACAAGAUUUCCUCUACGAUUGUGGCACAACACGCCAAGGUUCCUUGCAUUCCAUGGUCCGGAACUGGAGUUGACCAGGUGGAUGUUGCUGAGGACGGCAUCGUCACAGUCGAGGAUGAUGUCUAUAUGAAGGGUUGUGUUCAGUCAUGGCAAGAAGGUCUCGAGAAGGCGAAGCAAAUUGGCUUCCCUGUCAUGAUCAAGGCAUCUGAAGGCGGUGGUGGAAAAGGUAUCCGGAAGGCCGAAACCGAGCAAGGCUUCGAAGCCCUCUACAAAGCCGCUGCCAGCGAAAUUCCGGGAUCUCCCAUCUUCAUCAUGAAGCUGGCCGGAAAUGCUAGACAUCUGGAGGUACAACUGCUUGCCGACGAGUACGGGAACAACAUCUCGCUCUUUGGCAGAGAUUGCUCUGUCCAACGCAGACAUCAAAAGAUUAUCGAAGAAGCACCAGUCACAAUCGCAAAGCCCGAAACUUUCCAGGCAAUGGAGAAGGCUGCUGUCCGCCUCGGUCGUCUUGUGGGAUACGUUUCGGCUGGUACCGUCGAAUACCUCUACUCGCACUCCGACGACAAAUUCUACUUUUUGGAACUUAACCCCAGAUUGCAAGUCGAGCAUCCAACCACUGAAAUGGUCAGUGGUGUCAAUCUGCCUGCUGCGCAACUGCAAAUUGCGAUGGGACUUCCUCUGCACAGAAUUCGCGACAUCAGAUUAUUGUAUGGAGCCGAUCCGCAAACCUCGAGCGAGAUCGACUUCGACUUUUCAAAGGAGAAUAGCUCUCUUACGCAGCGUCGCCCAAAACCAAAGGGUCACACCACUGCGUGCCGUAUCACUUCCGAAGACCCAGGAGAGGGGUUCAAGCCUUCCAGCGGUACGAUGCACGAGCUAAACUUCAGGAGCAGCUCCAACGUAUGGGGUUAUUUCUCUGUAGGAACUGCUGGUGGCAUUCACAGUUUCUCCGACAGUCAAUUCGGUCACAUUUUCGCCUAUGGCGAGAACAGAUCAGCAUCGCGGAAGCACAUGGUUGUUGCUCUGAAGGAAUUGAGUAUUCGCGGAGAUUUCCGAACAACAGUCGAGUACCUGAUCAAGCUUCUGGAGACCCCUGCAUUCGAAGGCAACACGAUUACUACCGGAUGGCUCGAUGAGCUCAUCUCGAACAAGUUGACUGCGGAGCGACCAGAUCCUAUGCUGGCCGUUGUUUGCGGUGCUGUCUGCAAAGCUCACAUCGCAAGCGAGGCCUGCAUUUCUGAGUACAGAAACAGCUUAGAGAAAGGCCAAGUUCCAGCCAAGGACAUUCUGAAGACUGUCUUUCCCAUCGAUUUCAUUUACGAUGGUCACAGAUACAAAUUCACCGCCACUCGAUCGAGCUUAGACAGCUACCACCUGUUCAUUAACGGCUCGAAAUGCUCAGUGGGCGUUCGCGCCUUGAGUGAUGGAGGCCUCUUGGUUCUCCUUAGCGGCAGAAGCCACAAUUUAUACUGGAAGGAGGAAGUUGGAGCCACUCGAUUGAGUGUUGACAGCAAGACUUGCUUGCUUGAGCAAGAGAACGACCCAACACAACUUCGUACUCCAUCUCCAGGAAAGCUUGUCAAGUUCACAGUCGACAAUGGAGAGCAUAUCAAGGCUGGUCAAGCAUUCGCUGAAGUGGAGGUCAUGAAGAUGUACAUGCCUCUUAUUGCUGGAGAAGAUGGUAUUGUGCAAUUCAUCAAACAACCAGGGGCUACUUUGGAGGCUGGUGACAUUAUUGGUAUACUUGCUCUUGAUGACCCCUCGAGAGUCCAGUCUGCUCAACCCUUCCUUGGUCACCUCCCAGAUCUUGGACCGCCACAAGUCGUUGGUACCAAGCCCGCCCAACGAUUCCUCCUCCUCCACAGCGUCCUUGCAAACAUCCUCAACGGCUUCGACAACCAAGUCAUCAUGGCGUCUACCCUCAAAGAGCUCAUCGAGGUCCUCCGGGACCCAGAUUUGCCAUAUGGCGAGUGGAACGCUCAAUUCUCCGCUCUCCACGCAAGAAUGCCUCAACGCCUCGAUGCAACCUUCACUCAAAUCGUUGAUCGCGCGCGUGUUCGCAAAGGCGAGUUUCCAGCAAAGAAUUUGUCCAAGGCAUUCUCCAAGUUCUUGGAGGAGAGCGUUGCUCCCAGCGAUGUCGAAACUCUGAAGACUACUCUUCUGCCUUUGACUGAAGUCCUUGACCGAUAUGCCGAGGGCCAGAAAGUCCACGAGUUUGACGUAUUCUCUGGUCUUUUGGAGCAGUACGUUUCAGUCGAGAAGCUGUUUUCGGGUCGCCAAUCCCGUGAUGAAGAGGUCAUCUUAAAGCUUAGAGACGAGAACAAGGAUGAUAGCUUCAAAGUUGUUCAAAUCGUUCUUUCUCAUAGCAGAAUUGGAGCUAAGAACAAUUUGAUUCUUGCCAUUCUCGACGAGUACAAGCCCAACAAGCCGAGCGCUGGCAAUGUUGCAAAAUACUUCCGCCCAGCUCUCCGGAAACUCACCGAGCUUGAGAGCAGACAGACCGCAAAAGUAGCGCUAAAGGCCCGUGAGCUUCUAAUCCAAUGUGCUAUGCCGUCUCUGGAGGAGCGCGCUGCCCAGAUGGAGCACAUUCUUCGAUCAUCUGUCGUAGAAUCACGAUAUGGCGAGACUGGAUGGGAGCACCGAGAGCCUGAUUUGGAGGUUCUCAAGGAGGUCGUUGAUUCUAAGUAUACCGUCUUUGAUGUUUUGCCCAUCUUCUUCGGUUACCAGGAUCCAUGGGUUUCUCUCGCCGCUCUUGAAGUCUACAUCAGACGAGCAUACCGUGCUUACUCACUGAAGAAGAUUGAGUAUCACAACGACUCAGCCGAGCCCCCGUUCAUUGUGUCAUGGGAUUUCGUUCUCCGAAAGGUUGGUGCUUCGGAAUUCGGCAUGCCCAUUCAAUCGUCAGCCCCUUCAACCCCAGCAACACCAUCCUACGAGAGUGGUAACCCAUUCAAGCGUGUCAGCUCCAUCAGCGACAUGUCUUACCUUGUCAACAAGACCGAUAACGAGCCGACCAGAAAGGGUGUCAUUGUUCCAGUGCAAUAUCUGGAUGAGGCCGAAGAGUACCUGCUGCGUGCCCUGGAGGUAUUCCCAAGCGCCGGUAAGAGCAAGAAGUCAGCAGCAAGUGGAUUGAUGCCAGAUCUUAAUGGCAAGCGUAAGACUCUGCCACCAAUCGCUACAGAGGAUGAGCUUACCGCUGUCUGUAAUGUUGCUGUCCGGGAUUCUGAGAGUCUCGACGACAACGAGACCAUUGCCAGAAUCAACCUCAUUGUAAAGGAGUACAAGGAGGAGCUUCUGGCACGCCGCAUCCGUCGACUCACAUUCAUAUGCGGCCAUAAGGACGGAUCGUAUCCAGGCUACUACACUUUCCGUGGCCCCGAGUACGAGGAGGACCAGAGCAUUCGCCAUAUUGAGCCUGCUUUGGCUUUCCAACUGGAACUUGGGAGACUAUCUAAAUUCAGAAUCAAGCCCGUCUUCACUGAGAAUCGCAACAUUCACAUUUAUGAGGCGACUGGCAAGGAUGUCGAGGGAGACAAGCGUUAUUUCACCCGCGCCGUCGUCCGACCUGGUAGACUUCGAGAUGAGAUCCCCACUGCGGAGUACCUCAUCUCGGAAUCCGAUAGACUGAUGAACGACCUUCUCGAUGCUUUAGAGAUCAUUGGUAACAAUAAUUCUGAUCUUAACCAUAUCUUCAUCAACUUCUCUCCGGUCUUCCCUCUACAACCUCCCGAGGUUGAGAAGGCUCUUGGUGGCUUCUUGGAACGCUUCGGCCGCCGUCUCUGGCGUCUCCGCGUUACUGCUGCAGAGAUCCGCAUCAUCUGCACGGAGCCCACUACCGGUAUGCCAUAUCCACUGCGUGUUGUCAUCACCAAUACCUCUGGAUAUGUCAUUCAGGUUGAGAUGUACGCUGAGCGUAAAUCUGAGAAGGGCGGUGAUUGGGUCUUCCAAAGCAUCGGAGGCACCACCAAAGUCGGUUCUAUGCACCUGCGACCCGUAUCCACUCCAUAUCCUACCAAGGAGUGGUUGCAACCAAAGAGAUACAAGGCUCACAUCAUGGGUACUCAAUACGUCUACGAUUUCCCUGAACUCUUCAGACAAGCCAUUCAAACUAGUUGGGUUAAGGCUGUCAGCAAGCACGCAUCAUUGGCAGACAAGCAACCACCAACUGGCGAGUGCAUUGACUAUAGCGAGCUUGUACUGGAUGACAAAGACAACCUCGCCGAAGUCUUCCGUGAGCCUGGUACCAACACUCACGGAAUGGUUGGAUGGAUUGUUACUGCUAGAACUCCAGAGUAUCCCCGUGGCCGAAAGUUUGUCAUUGUUGCCAACGACAUCACUUUCAAGAUUGGUAGUUUCGGACCCAAGGAAGAUCAAUUCUUCAACAAGUGUACAGAGCUUGCGAGGAAACUUGGUAUCCCCCGUAUCUACCUGUCUGCUAACUCUGGUGCUCGUAUCGGCAUGGCUGAGGAGUUGAUACCUCACUUCAACAUUGCAUGGAACAACCCCGAGAAGCCAGAGGCCGGCUUCAAGUACCUGUACUUGAAGGCUGAUGCUAAGAAGCGAUUCGAGGACGGCAAGAGCAAGGACGUCAUCACCGAGGAGGUCACCGAGGAUGGCGAAGUGAGACACAAGAUCAUUACCAUCGUUGGUGCCGAGGAUGGCCUUGGAGUUGAGUGCUUGAAGGGUUCUGGUUUAAUUGCUGGUGCAACUAGCAGAGCUUACGAGGACAUCUUCACCAUUACUUUGGUCACAUGUCGAUCAGUCGGUAUGUAGGUCUCCAGUAGUCACGAAUAUCUUACUAAUUUCUACAGGUAUUGGUGCCUAUCUGGUGCGUCUUGGACAGAGAGCCAUCCAAAUCGAAGGCCAGCCAAUCAUCUUGACCGGUGCCCCAGCCAUUAACAAGCUGCUUGGUCGUGAAGUUUAUACGUCCAACUUGCAACUUGGUGGCACUCAGAUCAUGUACAAGAACGGUGUGUCACACAUGACUGCCAAUGAUGAUUUCGAGGGUGUCUCCAAGAUUGUUGAGUGGAUGGCCUACGUCCCUGAUAAGAGAAACAGUCCAUUGCCAAUCGGACCAGCCGUUGACUCUUGGGAUCGCGAUAUCGUCUACACUCCUCCACCCAAGCAACCAUACGACGUGAGAUGGUUGAUUGCUGGUAAGGACGAUGACGAGGGAUUCCUGCCUGGUCUCUUCGACAAGGACUCAUUUGUUGAAACUCUCGGUGGCUGGGCGAAGACCGUGGUUGUUGGCCGUGCACGACUUGGCGGCAUCCCCAUGGGUGUGAUUGCGGUUGAGACCCGCUCGGUUGAGAAUGUCACUCCUGCCGAUCCCGCAAAUCCGGAUUCGAUGGAACAAAUUACGAACGAGGCUGGUGGAGUUUGGUACCCGAACUCUGCAUUCAAGACUGCACAAGCCAUCAAAGACUUCAAUAAUGGUGAGCAAUUGCCAUUGAUGAUCUUGGCCAACUGGAGGGGUUUCUCGGGUGGACAACGCGAUAUGUACAACGAGGUCCUAAAAUACGGAUCUUACAUCGUCGAUGCUCUUGUCAAGUACGAGCAGCCAAUCUUUGUCUACAUCCCGCCAUUCGGAGAACUGCGUGGUGGUUCAUGGGUCGUCGUCGAUCCUACGAUCAACCCAGAGUUUAUGGAAAUGUAUGCUGAUGAGGAUGCUCGUGGUGGUGUCUUGGAGCCAGAGGGUAUCGUGAACAUCAAAUACCGCAGAGACAAGCAGCUCGAGACCAUGGCCCGUUUGGAUCCCGAGUACGGCGCGCUUCGCAAGCAAUUGGCGGACAAGUCCUUGACACCAGACCAAAUCUCCGAUGUCAAGGUCAAGGCUACUGCCCGUGAGCAAUUGCUCCUUCCAGUUUACAUGCAAGUCUCCCUGCAAUUCGCCGACCUCCACGAUCGUGCUGGCCGAAUGAAGGCCAAGGAUGUUAUUAGACAAUCUCUAGUGUGGAGGGAGUCAAGAAGGUUCUUCUACUGGCGUGUUCGCCGUCGUGUGAAUGAAGAGUACAUCCUGAAGCGCAUGGCAUCUGCCUCCAAGAACCCACUCGCGUCACGAGCACGCAAUCUCGAGACUCUCGCAGCCUGGACUGGUAUUCCUAAGUUCUCACACGCGGACCGCGAAGUUGCCAUGUGGUAUGAGGAGAACAGAAAGACUGUCCACGAGAAGGUUGAAUCCUUGAAGACGGAAGGUGUUGCUUUUGAUGUUGCCAGCUUGUUGAGAGGAAACAGCAAGGGUGGCUUGAAGGGUGUGCAACAAGUGCUCAGCAUGCUACCUGCUAAUGAGAGGGAGGAGGCCUUGAGAUUUUUGAGCCAGGCAUGAUCAGAUGGGUCUAUAUUUUUUCUAUGCCAGGAAGGAAAGGGUUGCUGGGACUUGCGUUAAGCGUGUACAUUGAUUGCAUUCAAACAUUUGUAAAUUGCGGGACAUUAUUAUCGGCGUCUAGAAGAAAGCAAUGCAUAUUAGUAUCAGUUCGCACUCCUGGUGUGCUUCCUCGGCUGGAACACAUUGUGGAAUAAGUGAGGUCAGCAUGGGAACGAGACCUGGAGGCUGGCACAAGGUAACUCCGAAGAACUUGAUACCAGGCUUCCCUCAGUCAGGUAAUCUUCAAUCUCAACUGGCGCUCCUGGACCAUGCGAUACCGUCCGAUCCAGUCCAUCUCAUCUACUUUCUCCGGCGCUUGAUGUCUCCAAGUGCUGGGAUCGCCGGAUGGGUGUCUCAGCGGCGGCCCCUGACGACGAUCUGAGGGAGCUCGGAUGAACGUCACGUGGUGGCACAAUACCUACCUGUACGAGCUGUGCCCAUCUACGUGUGUUGGAAGUGUUGUCGCUCCAAACCCAUGCGUGAUGUGGACUUCGAGCGUUGGACGAUGACUACUCGACGGCGUGGUGGCCUCUGUGAGCUGCUUUAGAUGGUUAGCUGGGAAGGUUUCAGGGACACCACAGCGGUGACACAGGUAGUGUCGUCUGCGGCUGUUUGUCUACUGACGAUGAAGACAGGUGAGCGAGGAGCACUUCGCCUGUGGCGCUUAAACCAUGGGAUGUAGCACGAAUGGCUUGGGAUUUGAGGGGUUGAAGCAAGGUGGGCUUGUGGGUAGGUGGGGUAUGUGUUACAACAUGACUGACUGAUCGGGAGGGCCAAGGACAGACUAGAGUUACUUGUGCUGCUUUAUGGCGACUGGAUUCAGGGAUUAACUAUCCAUCCUGGGCUAUAAGUAAGUCUAGGGUCUUUGUAAUGACGAAGCCCCGCGCCUGUAUCCUACCUCCCCUGCUACAGACUGAAGUCAGUCGUCGGCCUUGGACAUUGAGUCGUUUGCUUCCUUGGCUGAGCAGCGGCCGUUAUGGAUAUAUCAGCUAUGAUAUCAGAUGAUACCGGCAUAAUGCAAUACUAUAUUUCUUUCCUUACCCUUGCCUUUCGGAUAUCCUGCCGAGUUCGUCCCGAGAAGGUUCCCGGGUUCGUUCGUUAGUAUGGAAGUUAUUGUGCUUUCUCCUUGACAUUUACCCUUCAUGGGCCCUAAUGAUUACUGUCUCUCUUCUUAUUUCUCACUUCUGGUUUGAUGCUUAACGCUUGCAUGCCGCUGUAUCGUUCAUUCGUUCUUUGGGGUUGCCCACUUGUUCAAUUUCGCCUGAGCAUAUUUUGCCGGCUUUUGUAUGUCUGGCUUUCUGUACCUAUUCCCUCAUCGAACAGAACACUUGGUAUUGUUCGUUAAGUUCUAUUCAGAUUCCGGUUCAGUUCGACUUUGUCCGCACCUCACGGAGAGUAUACCUACGGACAACUGGAGAGAUUUUGGUCUAUGAGAUCCGCGCCUGUUACCUCGCCGCCUCUGGACAUGCUGGGCAACACAUUCUUUUGACGAACACUCAAUUCCUUAUACUGCUACUGGCAAGCUUAAUCUCGUGGCGAAUUGCAGAGUUCAUUGAUCGAUUGUUACUUUUUCUUUAUCACAUCAUAUGCUAUCAAGAGGCCGUUUUGCUUGCCACAGGUUGAAAGCUUCAAGUACAUCAGCUUGAGAGAAGAACGGAACAGAUUAAUAACGAUACAAAUCAUUGG